AAACAAUGAGCUCAACACAGAAGGACCAACAUGGAGCGACAAGUCAGCGCUCUCAGGAGGCCGACAAACCUCACAGAAGAAAGAGAGAGAAAACAUACACCUGUGACGAGUGUGGGAAGGAUUUUAUUGGGAAGGCUGAACUAAAACGUCAUCAGGUCAUCCACACUGGAGAGAGACCGUUCAGCUGUGACUUGUGUGGAAAGACUUUUUCCAGGAAGAGUCACCUAAAACAACACCAACUCAUCCACAGUGGAGUUAAAGCAUACAGCUGUGAUCAGUGUGGCAGAGCUUUUACUCGCAGUAGCUACUUACAGAGUCAUCUAGUUACCCACUCUGAAAUUAAGGCAUACAGCUGUGACGAGUGUGGGAAGGGUUUUACUGUGAAAUCUUCACUAAAACGUCAUCAGGUCAUCCACACUGGAGAGAGACCGUUCAGCUGUGACUUCUGUGGAAAGAGUUUUUCCAGGAAGGGUUCCCUAAAAACACACCAACUCAUCCACAGUGGAGUUAAAGCGUACAGCUGUGAUCAGUGUGGCAGAGGUUUUACUAACAGUAGCGGCUUACGGAGUCAUCUAGUGACCCACUCUGGAAUUAAGGCGUACAUCUGUGAUCAGUGUGGCAGAGCUUUUACUCACAGUAGCGGCUUACGGAGUCAUCUAGUUACCCACUCUGAAUUUAAUGCAUACAGCUGUGACAUUUGUGGAAAAACUUUCAGUCGGUUUGGGAACAGAAAUAUACACCUACGCAUUCACACCGGGCAUAAUGUGUACUGCUGUGAUCAGUGUGGCAAACAGUUUACAACAGACGCACAGUUACAAUACCACAUGUUUACCCACACUGAGGAGAGACCUUAUAAAUGUGACCUGUGUGAGAAGACUUUUAAAGCUCCAGGUAUCCUGAGAAGACACCAACAGAUCCACACCAGAAAGAGACUCUACAAGCGCAGUUACUGUGAGGACCAACAUGGAGCGAGAAGUCAGCGCUCUCAGGAGGCCGACAAACCUCACAGAAGAAAGAGAGAGAAAACAUACACCUGUGACGAGUGUGGGAAGGAUUUUACUGAGAAGUAUAAUCUAAAACAUCAUCAGGUCAUCCACACUGGAGAGAGACCGUUCAGCUGUGACUUGUGUGGAAAGACUUUUUCCUGGAAGGUUGCUCUGAAACAGCACCAACUCAUCCACAGUGGAGUUAAAGCGUACAGCUGUGAUCAGUGUGGCAGAGCUUUUACUCAAAGUGGCAGCUUACAGAAGCAUCUAGUUUCCCACUCUGGAAUUAAGGCAUACAGCUGUGACAUCUGUGGAAAAACUUUCAGCCGGAUAGGGCACCGAAAUACACACCUACGCAUUCACACCAGACAUGAUGUGUACUGCUGUGAUCAGUGUGGCAAAUACUUUGCUACAGACGCACAGUUACAAGACCACAUGUUUACCCACACUGAGGAGAGACCUUAUAAAUGUGACCAGUGUGAGAAGACUUUUAAAUCUCCACGUAUCCUGAGACAACACCAACAGAUCCACACCAGAAAGAGACUCUACAAGUGCAGUUACUGUGAGAAGCAGAGCGACACAGAUGGAUCCAGUUCUCAACCCUGUCAUCGCUGUGGGAAAGAGUUUCGUUGUGACCUUUGUGGGAAAACUUUCAGUCGGCAAGAAACUCUAAAAGUACAUCAACGUAAACACACUGGAGAAAACAUGAAAUACUGCAAAGAAUGUGGGAGAAGCUUCACCACAUCAAGUAGAUUAAAACAACAUGAACUCAUUCACAGUAGGGUCAAAAUGCACGUCUGUGAUCAGUGUGGGUCAUCUUUCAUUUCUGCAAGUCACCUUAAAACACACAAACGAGUCCACACAGGAGAGAAACCAUAAAAGUGCAGACACUGUGACAAAAGCUUCUCACGAUCAGAUCCUCGGAGCCGUCAUGAACGUACACACAUUGAAGGAAACUACAGCUGUGACCAGUGUGACAA